ACUCCCCUCAUAGUGCUCGCUGCUAUCCCGCCAUGGCGUCGAACCUCCCUUUCAAGAGUGCCUAAAGUCAGUUCUUCCCGCCGAAACCCAAAUUCAUCGAGAAAGACGUGCCUGCCGGCCUCCAUGGCAAGGUCUUGUGCCAAUUGUGGUAUAGGCCAAAAGCUAGCCCGGAUCCUCUAUGCCAAGAACUCCAAGGUCUACCUAGCUUGCAGUCCCGAAGAGAAGGCAAAAAAUUCCAUUACAAGCAUCAGGAAAGCUGUGCCCAAGUCGAGUGGCCAGCUAGUCUUCCUUUCUCUCGACCUCGCCGACCUGACAGAGGUGACCGCGGCAGCGCAGAGAUUUCUCGCCCAGGAAUCAAUUCUACACGUCCUCUUCAAUGACGCAGGUGUCAUGACCGGGCCGGCUAACUCCCCGCUCAAGACAGUGCAGGCAUAAGCUCGCCCCGGGCGUGAACUGCGUCGGUACCUUCCUCUUCACAAAGCUCCUUACGCCCACGCUGCUUGCGACUGCCGGGUCAGCGCCACCUGAUACCGUCCGAGUCCUGUGGUCCUCCUCGGUCGGACUACAGUAGUUUGCGCCUGAUGGCCGCGGCAUCGAUAUGGACAGCUUGGACUACCAUAUCCCCAAGUCACACGUGAAGCACUCUCCCACCUUUAUUGAACCGAAAUAUAGACUCUUUUCUCAGUCAUCACGCUGCGGAAGCUCACCAAGUGUUUUAUUUCUUCUCACCAAUCGCCCAUGCCUUACUCGUUAUCCUUGACGUCAAUAAUGGUCGACUUA